UCUACGCAAUCUAUUUCAGAAAGAAAAUAAAAAUUAAUUUGCAUUUGGCGUAUAUAAUAAGGAGAGGAGUCAUGCCGGACAGAAACACGCGAGCACCCCUCCUCGUCUCAUUUCAUUUAUUGUUACUUCUGCUCCACUUCUCUCAAAUCUCAGGUAGAUCGUUCUAGAAGAUCUCUUUCUUUUCUCUCCCGUUCUCUCGCUCGCUACCACCAGAUUAUCGAGUGGAAGUGAUUACCACGUGAAGAAUCAAUCAACAGCUUUAAGAAUGGUUUCCUUUGAAAUGAAUGACCGCAAAAAGAUUGGGCUGGGCUUGACUGGAUUUGGCAUAUUUUUCUCAUUCCUGGGAAUUGUCUUCUUCUUUGACAAGGGAUUACUUGCUAUGGGAAAUAUCCUUUUCAUCUCUGGAGUCAGUCUCACUAUUGGACCAAAAUCUACCAUGCAAUUCUUCAUGAAACGCCAAAACUUUAAGGGAACCAUUUCAUUUGGUGCUGGCUUCUUCUUUGUGGUCAUAGGAUGGCCAGUUAUUGGCAUGAUUUUGGAAGCAUAUGGGUUCAUCGUGCUCUUUAGUGGUUUCUGGCCUACACUGGCAGUUUUUGUGCAGAGGAUACCGAUUUUUGGAUGGGUGUUCCAACAGCCUUUUGUGAGAUCGUUUUUUGAUCGAUAUCGGGGCAAAAGAGUGCCUGUGUAAAUGCAGUGUCAGAAGGAAGUGCAACUAAACUCCAGAUAGCCCACGUUCUAGAAUUUGUAAAAAAAGAAACAUAGUCAGCUCCAGACAUAAUCUUUUUGGCACAUGUAAGGAUGACUGUUAACUCUGGAAUCAAAGGGUAUGUGCACCUAAGCUGCAAACACAUUUGCAAGUCAUUGUAAAAUACAGGGGAAUCAAGACCUUGAAGUUUUCUUUCUGUUUGGGUGACCAGCGAUUCAAUUUCAUUUGAUAAUAGGUAUGUCUUUUGUUGAAUGAAACAGAAGAAAAUAGACUCAGCUUAUUCUUUUACUA